GCUGUGGUGUAAGUCCCGCCUCUCGUCACCACUUCCGUUGUUAGUGCGUAACGCGUGUGCGCCGCGGCCUAGUCUUCUGCUUUCCUGCUCCGUAACAUGGGAGUCCCGGCGUUCUUCAGAUGGCUCAGCCGCAAGUACCCGUCCAUUGUAGUGCACUGCGUGGAGGAAAAGCCAAAGGAAUGCAAUGGCAUAAAGAUACCAGUUGAUAUGAGCAAGCCAAACCCAAAUGAGGUGGAGUUUGAUAACCUGUACUUGGAUAUGAAUGGCAUCAUCCAUCCCUGCACUCACCCGGAGGAUAAACCAGCGCCUAAGAAUGAAGAUGAGAUGAUGGUGGCCAUUUUCGAAUACAUUGAUAGAUUGUUUAAUAUUGUGAGGCCAAGGAGGUUGCUGUACAUGGCUAUAGAUGGUGUGGCACCUCGAGCUAAGAUGAAUCAGCAGCGAUCUAGGCGUUUUAGGGCUUCCAAAGAAGGUGUAGAAUUGGUGCUAGAGAAAAACCGCAUCCGUGAAGAAGUGAUCACCAAAGGUGGUUACCUUCCUCCUGAAGAGGUGAAAGAGAGGUUUGAUAGUAACUGCAUUACUCCUGGCACAGAAUUUAUGGACAACUUAGCGAAGUGUCUUCGUUACUAUAUUUCUGAUCGAUUAAAUAAUGACCCAGGCUGGAAAAAUCUCUCAGUCAUUUUAUCUGAUGCAAGUGCACCUGGAGAAGGUGAACAUAAAAUUAUGGAUUACAUUAGACGACAAAGAGCUCAGCCCCAUCAUGACCCCAACACUCAUCAUUGCUUAUGUGGUGCUGACGCUGACCUUAUCAUGCUUGGACUUGCUACUCAUGAACCCAACUUUACCAUCAUCAGAGAAGAGUUUAAGCCUAACCAGCCAAGGCCGUGUGCGCUGUGCAGUCAGUUUGGGCAUGAGCUAAAGGAAUGUCAAGGCUUACCCCGUGAGAAAAAAGGAGAGCAUGAUGAAUUUGCCGAUCGUCCCCCUGGCUGUGAACAAGAGUUUAUCUUCAUUCGUCUCAAUGUAUUACGUGAGUACCUGGAAAAAGAGCUGGUCAUGACAAACUUGCCUUUCCCAUAUGACUUUGAUAGAACGGUCGAUGAUUGGGUCUUCAUGUGUUUCUUUGUUGGCAAUGAUUUCUUGCCACAUCUGCCAUCACUGGAAAUCAGGGAAGGUGCAAUUGACAGACUUGUAAGGAUUUACAAAGACGUUGUGCAGAAGACUGGGGGCUACCUUACUGAGAGUGGGUUUGUGAACUUGGAAAGAGUGCAGAUGAUCAUGCUGGCUGUUGGGGAAGUGGAAGAUAGUAUUUUCAAGAAACGAAAAGAGGAUGAUGAGAACUUUAAGAGGAGAAACAAAGAGAAGAAGAAGCGAAUGAAGAGGGAGCAAAAUCAAGCAUUUACCCCCACUGGACAGUUUGCCCCUCAGGCGCUAGGUCGGAGAGAUAUGUCUGGCCCCAACCCUAUUGUCAACCCAAGACAAACUGCGUAUGAAAUGAGAAUGCAAGGUUCUAAUGCUGGAAACACCCAGAAUCCUGCAGGAACAAAGAGAAAAGCGGAUGAUAGUGACAGUGAGCCUGAGCCAGAAGAUAAUAUCAGGUUAUGGGAAGACGGAUGGAAGCAACGCUACUAUAAAAACAAAUUUGAUGUAGAUGCAUCAGAUGAGAAGUUUCGACGGAAGGUUGUGCAGUCCUAUGUGGAAGGUCUCUGCUGGGUGCUCCGAUACUAUUACCAGGGCUGUGCUUCCUGGAAAUGGUUCUUCCCAUUUCAUUACGCUCCUUUUGCUUCUGACUUUGAAAACAUUUCAGGUCUCUUUAAAGAGUUUGAGAAGGACACCAAACCAUUCAAACCACUUGAGCAGCUGAUGGGAGUAUUUCCAGCUGCUAGUGGUAACUUCUUGCCUGAAACAUGGAGACGACUCAUGUCUGACCCAGAAUCUAGUAUAAUCGAUUUCUAUCCUGAUGACUUUGCCAUCGAUUUAAAUGGGAAAAAGUUUGCUUGGCAAGGUGUUGCUCUGUUGCCAUUUGUUGAUGAGCGCCGUCUAAGAGCUGCUUUGGAAGAGGUUUACCCUGACCUCACUCCUGAUGAAAUAAGAAGAAAUAGCCUUGGAGGUGAUCAUCUGUUUGUUGGGAAAAACCAUCCCCUAAACGACUUCAUACAUGAGCUGUACAAGACCAAUACUAGAGAGCCAACUGAAAUACCACCGGAGCUCUGUCAUGGAAUUCAGGGAAUGCUGGAAACAGAUGAUGGAGCAAUCCUUCCCAAUGAGGUUGUGGAGUCUCCUGUACCUAUGUUAAGAAGUUUAACGCAAAAUUAUGCCAUUAGCAUCAAGUUUAAAGACCCACAAUUCAAAGAUAGUUUUGUUUUCAAAGCUGUGGUUUUACCAGGUGCAAAAAAACCAUCCGUUACAUUAAAACCAGGUGACUGGGAGAGAACCAAUAACAAUGGCCGGCCUUGGAGGCCACAGCUAGGUUUCAAUUCAAACAGAAAGCCAGCUCACCUGGAUCAGUCUGCUUUUAGAACAUUGGGCCAUGUCAUGCCCCAAACCAGAGGACCCCCAAGAGGUGGACAGUACAGCAGUGCCCCACCACCAAGUACUUACAAUCCUGUAAAUGCAUACAGAAUGCCCAACCAUCGCCCGCCAAUGCCCAAUUUAAUGCAACAUUCCAGAGCACAAAAUUCUUGGUCAAAUCGCCCGCCUCUUUAUAACCAGCCUCCCCAACAAAGAAACUAUGGACACAUGCAAACUCCACACCACCAAUAUCCAAACCUGCAAGGUGGACCAAGCAAUUACUACCAGCGACCUAGAGAUGACAGGAACCGUCAGAAUUACAACCAAGGGAGAAAUUACCAAAAUCCGCAUCAGCCAGGAAGAUACAACUGGAAUUAAAUUUUUUAGAACCUUUUUGUUUUUAAGUCAAACUUCUGCUGGUAAACUGUUUGCUACAAUUUCUUAAAUACUGUGUAGAUGUGCUUUUUCGUGUAGAUAGAAUGUAUUUGAUUUGAAUACCAUAAAAAAAUCUAAAAUUUUUAUUUGUUGGCUACUCCUAUCUGGAACAUUAUCAUUUAAUGUUUGUAUGACGGAGCAUCAUGCAUCAAGGGCGGAGGUCCCGAAGAUUCCGGCUUCCUGUUUUUAAUGGGAUGAUUUUAUUUUGUAGCUAAAUGUCUGAAAAAUUUUAAGAAGUAAUCUUGCAUACCUUUCAGCAGUGUUUCAUUGUCUUAUAUUUUGUUUUCUUCCUAAAUGAUUUUAUAAACACAUGAGAAUUACAUUA